CCGCUCCCUACGGCUCACAGCCUCUCCCGCCCCUCCUCCCCCCGCGCCGGCGGAAGCUGGAAGCGGAGCGGGGCGGGGUGAGGCCCGGGCCCGGAAGAGGAAGGGCUCGUGCUGCGGGAAGGCUGCGGACCGUGGCUGCUGAGGGCUCUGGCUGCUGCAAUUGUAUUUUAUGUCUAAUAGUAUUUCACAAUGACUUCCUCAACUGAAGUUCCUCUGAAUUAUGAAGAGAUGUUUUCUCAUCGAUUUACAGCAGAUGAUGAGGAAUAUCAAGAGUAUUUAAAACGCCCAACAGAUCCGCCUCCUCUAGUAGAAGAAUGGAAAAACAGAUCUGGUGGUAACCAAAGAAAUAGAGAUUGGUUUCAAGAUGGCAGGCAGUUCAGAGGCAGAGGGGACAGGCAUGACUGGCAAGGUGGUAAUAGAUCUAAUCAGUGGCCAGGAAGAAGCUGGGGUAACAGCUACCAACAGCACAGACAAGGACAGUCUUACUACCCCCAGUAUGACUAUGGCUACAACUCCUACAAUCCAAGGCCUCAUUACGGCCGCUAUUAAUAUGGUAUUUUGCUGUUAAGUAUCCACUAAAACCAUUUAACUUGAAUGCCAGAUUUGGGGUUUUAUUUUGCUCAAUUUUCUAUGUAACUUUAGGUAAUGGAUAUUGGUUUUAGAGAGCCUGUUGAUGUCAUUUUGUAGUGCAAAUUAAUGAAGGUAUGACCUUUGUGAGUAAUAAAAUUCUAUAAACAAUCUCUAGUGAGCCCACAGACAACAUGAUUUUGUUUCUCCCUCCAAUUCUUUUUUGCUCGGUGAACAUUGUUUUCCCCCCACCUUGUCCCUGACAUUAUCCCAUUAUAUUAUUAUCUUAAAUCAAUAGUUCAGGGAAAUGGAAGUUUGCUUUGUCUCUGAAGCACAUGGCAAUGACUGUGUGCAUACAUGCCAGGGUGUUCUUGAAAUUCUGAUGCUUAUUGUGUCCCUUGCUUGGGAGGAGUGUUGCUUAUUAUGGUCAUCCAUAAUGGAAGAAAAGCAUGCAAUCUGGGUGGGAUUUGUUUUUGAACUACUAUUACUACUGAGCUAGCUUAUGCUGCUGGAGUUCAUGAAAGUUCAAGGAAGACAUUGCUCUCUGUGUUGUAAAUAAUGUUGACCAAAAUAGAAAAGCAGAGGAAGAAUUGUAAAAGAUGUGAAGGAAGACUCUUAUACAAGAUGUAUUUCUCCCUGCUGAAUGCAUAGCUUAACUUUGUAUCCUGUUUUCCCUUGUCCUUUUUUUUUUUUCAAAGCACUACUACAUUCCUGCAAUUUUUUUUAAUAGCUCUUUAUGGCACACUGAGGGAUAAAAUUCAUGGACUUAAAAAUUCAGUUCAAUUUCAACCUUUGUUAUAGAUUAGGACAGUGGUUCCCAAACUUGUUCCACCACUUGUGCACGGAAAGCCCCUGGCAGGCCAGGCCAGUUUGUUUACCUGCCGCGUCCACAGGUUUGGCCAGUCGUGGCUCCCAGUGGUCGUAGUUUGCUGCUCCAGGCCAAUGGGAGCUGCUGAAAGCUGUGGCCAGUAUGUCCCUCAGCCCGCACCGCUUCCCUUAGCUCCCAUAGGUCUGGAACAGUGAACCCUGGCCAGGGGCUGCCAUGAUCGGCCGAACUUGUGGACGCGGCAGGUAAACAGACCUGCCCAGCCCGCCAGGGGCUCUCUCUGCAUAAGCAGCGGAACAAGUUUGGGAACCACUCGAUUAGACACUGAAAAAAUUUAACAUUUUCUUCAAAAGCAGCCCAAGAUGUGAAAUGAAAUAACUCAGUUUGUUUUCUAGUUCCAAUAGAUCAUUACUAAACUAUUUUUACAUGCACUUAGAAGUGCGUCAUCAAGAGUGAGUUUACAUCUUUUUAAAAUAAACUCAGUAGGUGCACAAUUCUCUUUGGGAGUCCUGUUUUCCCUCAGUGUCAGCUAUAGGUUUGUGAUGCCUAUUUUAAUAGUUUUGUUUUCUUUGUAGGAAAUACUUAUGUAAUUGUCUUAGCACACUUACAUCUGUUCUUGGUAGUUUCCUUUUAUGAUUGUAUAUAGUCUUUUGCAUGAGAAAAAAGCAAAUACAAUACAAAUAAGUGCUUAUUAAACCUUG